AUGAAGGAUCUCAUGAGGAUUAUCAACUUGAGCUACAAAGAUAAAGAAAGCCACAAAAACUUUGUCUACACUCGUCCUAGGAUUGUCAUUAAUUCAGAACUAACCAGCAAGUUUGUUGAUAAAAAGAAACGCAUGCGAACCAGUGGCUAUUCAGAAAAAGAAUUGCAAGAGACAUUUGGUUUCUUAUUUUUUGAAGAUGAUUUAAAGGCUGUGAAGGCAUGCAGAGAAGGAUUGCAGUCAAACAAUUCAUCAUUGACAUGUCUGGGAGAUCCAAAAUUAGGCGUGUAUUUGAGCAGGCAUGCUGAUGUACUGAGUGCCAAGCCAAUGAAGAACAAAUCAUCUGGGUCACUUCUCGUUGUCAAGAUGAUGAAGGGAAGGGCAAAGUUGAUGGCGGACAGAAGUAACAUCCUCCUUGAACCAUCUCCAAACUUCGACUGCCACAUGUUGAAAGCAUCCAGCAUAGAUGCCAAUGUCACGUCACAUGCUGAUCUCUUUGAGUGCACUCAACUGUAUAUGUACGAGUACACAGAGGAUUCAGAUCUUUCUACAAGUCCAGCACAUUUGCUUCCAUAUGCUGUUGUCAACAUUCGAUGUGAGAGAACAAGCAAGAUGGAAGUGCUUGCACACUCAUCUAACAAGCAUAAAUCGGGCAAAAGAUCGUCGCUUCAAGCGCCUCAAACAACGAAGAAGGAAUCUCCCAUCAAAAAGAGCAGAACACACGCAAAGGAUAUCGUCGAUUCUCUCAAUAAGGCCUUAACAGUUAAUGUUCCUCUGCCCACCUCUCACAACAGUCCCAAUCUUUUACUUCCCACGUUGCCACCUAAAGACCAGCAGAUCUGGUCAGGAUCCUUUUACGUCAGUGGAGUUUCACUUGGUCCCACGAUCUUGCAGUCAUCAUGUCCUCUCCUGGAUACCAGUCUUCUCGGUUGGGAGGUACGCAUAGAAGAGAAGGUAUCAGUUGUGUAUUUGAGGACACGCGUUCUUCCCGGCGUCGGCAAACUAGAUGACAAGCGGGAACAGGUAUAUGGCGGCAGGAGUUUCUUGUGUGGCAUCUUACAUCCCAACACAACUUGCAACGCUGAAUUCAAUUUGUUUGUCGAGCACCUUCUUGAAACAGAAAUGGUCGCUUAUUUGUUAUUACCCGAUUGUACAGAACUUUUCAUCGUGCCCAGCUUCUUCAUUAGAGAACAUGGACUAGUUCACCAGAAUGCUGCCCACAAGAUUCACUUGUGUUGUUUGUUUGUCAGCAAAUCAUCCAUAGCUGGAAAUUUUCAACGUUUCACAGCGUUAAAGUUUUCAUCGAAGCUGACGGAUAGUGGAAACACCAAUCAACCUCCUAAUAUGGAUACUGCUGGAUAUCUCACUUUCAUGGAAGCUCCUGCUUCUCCUGAGCCUGACGCCGAACAAGUUCCUAAUAUCAGGGAUCCGCGAAUCAGAUUCAAGUCCAAGUCCGUCAAUCCCGAUCUGUUGCCGACUCCAAAAUCACAAAAUCAGGAUAAGCAUGUCAUAGGUACAAGUCGGCUGCUCAGCAUAUUUGAGAACAUGGCUGAGCUUCAAGAUAAAAAAAAUGAUGAAAACUUGCGAAAAAUAACACUAGAAAAUAAUAAAUCCCUUCAAUUGAAGCCCGCUAUGCCACCGCAGAAACACAUCAAUACUAAAAUUAAUAGACAAGAUCCAAGACUGAAUAGAUUGGAGAAACAAAACGUAGCCCCCAUUCAUUCACUUGAUAAGCCAGAACAGUUUCCACAGAUCACACCAGCAUUAAAUGCUUCUAAUUCUGUUUCUUUUGUAGUUCAUCAGCCAGAAUCGAUCCCGGUUCCAUUAAUUUCUACCCCACAGCCUGUUACAUUAGCUCCGACACCCACGGCGUCACUUCCAACACAAAUUUCAAUGCCACUACCUAUAAUUUCUCAGUCGCUGCCUAUAAUAUCACCACCAGCUACCACAAUGUUUCAUCUUUCAUCCGUAUCAAUCCCUCCAUCCAGUACUUCAAUUCCAUCAUCUUUUGUGUCAAUUCCUCUCGUUUUAUCUCCUUCCUCUAGUGCACAACUACUUUUAUCUUCACUUAGUUCGACUUCUACCACAAUAACUGCUCCAUCUGUUAAAACUAUCGAAACGAACCUUUGUAAUCAAUCGAACAAAAUCUUAUCAGAAAUUAAAGUGAUGCCGACUGAUAUAUCGAGCAAAAUCUCAUCAGAAAUUAAAGUCAUGCCAACUAAUGCAUCGAGCAAAAUCUCAUCGGAUGUUACCGUUACGUCGACUGAUCCAUCGAACAAAAUCUUAUCAGAAAUUAGCACUACGGCAAUAGGUCCAUCGAAAAAAAUCUUGUCAGAAAUUAGUGCUACGGCUACUGAUCCACCAAGCAAAAUCUUGUCAGAAAUUAGCGCUACGGCGACUGAUCCAUCGAGCAAAAUUUUAUCAGACAUUAAAGUGAUGCCAACUGAUCCAUCGAGCAAAAUCUUAUCAGAAGUUAGUGUAAUGCCGAUUGAUCCGUUGAAAAUAAUCUCAUCAGAAGUUAGCGUAAUAACGACAGCUAAAGAGGUGGCUGUUUCUUCUCCAACAUCAAGCUUAACGACAUCAAUUCUGCCUAGUUCAAAACUGUCGGAAACCAUCACCAGCGCAAUGGCGGAUCCCAAAGUAGCUCAACUGCUUGAGGAACUGAAGAACAAAAACAUCAUCGGAUUGGGAGCCACUUUGAACCUUCCCAUUUUUAAUGCUUCGCCGUCAAAUGACCUUUCCAAAUUGGAACCGGAAAAUCAGCCUUCCACCAAUACUAAUGAAAACAAUAACGAUAGUAACCUUGAUAGCAGCAACAUUACUGAUUCUCGCUUGGGAACUAAUCCUAUGAUAGGCCCUGCUCAACAUUUUAGUCCAAGAAUUGCUCCUCUUCACAACCCUCUGCCUCCCCAGUGGAUUGAUCCGCGUCAUUCUUCCCAUGAUCAGCCCGGUCCUCGUUUUGAUCAUGGUGAUCACUAUGACACUGGCAACAAUUUUAACGAUCAGUUUCGUCCCAACUUUUCUGGACGGUUCAGGGGACCAAAAGUUCCUUUCCCUCCAUCCAACGAUUUUCAGCCAAGGCAUCGUAUGAAUUCGCCUCGUGAUUCUAAUUAUCAAGAACCUAGAAAACGAUUUGGAUCCUUCCUUCCAGAUCCUAAAACUUUUCAAAAAUCUUAUCAGGAUAAUCACCAAUUUCAGCAGCAGCAUUAUCACCAGCAACAUCAAUCACAGCACCAACAGCAUCAACCUCAACAGCAUCCGAAGCAGCACCAACAACACCAGCCACAACAUAUGCACCAACAACAUCAACCACAACAUCAGCUACAACAACAUCAACCACAAUACCAACAGUAUCAGCCACAGCACCAGCCAAACCAGUACCAACAACACCAACCUCAACAACGCCAGCCACAACAUCAUCAACCGCAACAACAUCAACCGCAGCGUCAACCUCAGAGAUCAUUUGGUUCCGGAAAGAUAGACCCAAGAUUAAACAGGACCCGUUUUUCAAAUCAUCCUAACCAAAAUAACAAUAGCUUUAACAGUAAUGAUAAUCGUAAUAAUUAAUGUUUCUUUUUAAAUAUUUUUCAUUUCUACAAAAGUUUUUCAAUCAUAACAUGAUAAUGAAUUAAAAAUUAAAAAUAAUGAAAUAAAUAUUGAGGCUAGACAGUGGACAGUGUCGAUGUACUGAUGAACGAUUCAGGUGUAUACAAUAUUUUUUGUUGCAAACUUAUAGCUAAAUUCUAGAAAGUGUGGGAAGUAAUUCAAGACUAGUUCCAAAGAAAA